UCGAUUUGAAGCUUUUCUCCUUUGGCAAUGAAAUUCCAGAAUCCUAUCAAACUACAAAAGUAGAACUGGGGAUAAAAACGUCAGAAUCUGAAAUUAUAACUAUUGACGCCUAUGCAUUAAAUUAUUUGACUGGUAAACUGCAAGUUAUCAAGUCAAACCCGUACAAUUUGACCAGGGCCAUAAGCCAAAAGCAAUUGGAUGAGUCAAGAGGAUACUGGAGACGUCCAGAUAUGCUUAUUUGGCCGACUACUUUGAAUUUAUGCCCAGCCUUGCUUAACUUGACGGAUCGGACGAGAUAUCGUGCUUUCAACGUGGCAUGGCCGCGGACGUCUCACUGCAAUAACGAAUAUGUCAAAUUUCAUCUUACAUUUCCUUGCGGAAUUAAUUUGUUGUCCCGCCUAGGAGGAGAACGUUCCAAAGUUUUACUUCAAGCCACAGCAGCCGAAACUCUAAGCCGAAUUCAAUUACCUCAAACUUGGGUAAUUAAACCGUGUAAUGCAACUCCAACAUACGCGGGACAACAAAUUAAUUCCGCAAGGAAAUGUAAGAUGAAAUUUGACAUAUUCGUUAUUGCAGUGAGACGUCCGCGGCCAUGCCACGUUGAAAGCACGAUAUCUCGUCCGAUCCGUCAAGUUAAGCAAGGCUGGGCCUGGUUAGUACUUGGAUCGGAGACGGCAGGGGAAUCCCAGAUAUUGUAG